GCGAAAUAAAAAAAAGUCAUAUGUCGGGUGUUGUUUAAAACUAUCUGCUUCAUGUGUUAUUUUAAUUUUACGUUCACAUGCUUCAGAGGGGUUUGAAAUAAGUGUUGAAUGAACUACAGGAGUAUUAUAACUUAAUUAACAAAAUAAAAUAAAGAAGAAAACUGGGGAUAACACAGUUUCGGAGAUGAUUAUACCAGUGAGGUGCUUCACUUGUGGCAAAGUGAUAGGCAACAAGUGGGAGGCUUACUUGGGACUGCUGCAAGCUGAGUAUACAGAGGGGGAUGCCCUAGAUGCACUGGGAUUGAAGCGCUAUUGCUGUCGGCGGAUGCUACUGGGCCAUGUUGAUCUCAUUGAGAAACUGCUAAACUACGCUCCCCUGGAAAAAUAAGUGGCAAAACCUACAUCAAGGUUGAUAUGGAGAGAGAUUAUUAUUCAAUUAUUCCAAGCAGCAGAUGAAGAGUGAUUUAUUAUAUUACUUAACGUUUGUAAUAAUGCAUUGUGAUACAUUAAUUAAUUAAGAAUCUUAUUAAGUCUGUCA